AACAGCUACGUUUGUCUCAUUUUAUUUCUGAAAUCAUCAUGUAGGAGUUUUUUAAAGCUUGAAGAGGGAAUUGUGCAGGUUUAUUGCACUAUGUUGCUGUAAUUUAUUUUGUUUUUCUUGAAUUUGGUUUUUGGUAUUGCAAAAUUGUAGGAGUGGUGAAAUGGAGGUGGUGGAAGAGAAGUGUGUGGACUCUCAGUUUUGGCAUGCCUGUACAGGAAGUAUGGUGCAAAUUCCUCCGGUGAACUCUAAGGUGUUCUAUUUCCCACAAGGUCAUGCUGAGCAUACAUAUACAAAUGUUGAUUUCACUCUACUGCCGAGAAUUCCUGCGAUGAUUCUAUGCAGAGUUGAUGCUGUGAAGUUUUUAGCUGACACUGAAACUGAUGAAGUUUAUGCGAAAAUUAGGCUUAUUCCGGUUGAAGACUUUGAAGAUGACAGUGUGGUUGAAAAAACUGAGAAGCCUACUUUCUUUGCUAAGACAUUGACUCAAUCAGAUGCGAAUAAUGGGGGUGGUUUUUCAGCUCCGAGGUAUUGUGCAGAGACAAUUUUCCCCAAAUUGGAUCUCAAAGCUGAUCCGCCUGUCCAAGUAGUAAAGGCAAAGGAUGUUCAUGGUGAAACCUGGAAUUUUAGGCACAUUUAUAGGGGCACGCCAAGGAGGCAUUUGUUGACUAGUGGUUGGAGUGCAUUUGUCAAUAAGAAGAAGCUGGUUGCAGGGGACUCUGUUGUGUUCCUCAAGGCAGAAAAUGAUGAGGUUUGUGUUGGAAUUCGCCGGGUAAAGCGGGGUGGUAUUGGUGGGCCGGAAACACAAUUAGGGUGGAACUCAACUACUGGUAGUUAUGGUGGAUUUUUGACGGAAGACGAGAACAGUAUGAUUAGAAGUUGUAGUAAUGAAAAUCUGAUUUCUUAUGGUGGGAGAUUUAGAGGUAAGGGAAAAGUGAGCCCUGAUGAAGUUGUUAGGGCUUCAUAUCUCGCUGCUAGUGGCCAACCUUUUGAAAUUGUUUACUACCCUGGUGCAAGCACUCCAGAAUUUUGUGUUAGGGCCUCUUCUGUGCAUGCUGCAAUGAGUGUCCAAUGGUGCUCAGGGAUGAGGUUCAAAAUGGCUUUUGAAACUGAGGAUUCUUCUCGGAUCAGCUGGUUCAUGGGAAGUAUAUCUUCGGUUCAGCUUGCUGACCCCAUCCGCUGGCCUCAUUCACCGUGGCGGCUUCUUCAGGUGACAUGGGCUGAACCAGAUUUAUUGCAGAAUGUAAAAUCUGUAAACCCAUGGCUUGUCGAAUUGGUCUCUAAUAUGCCCGACAUUAACUUGUCACACUUCUCACCACCAAGGAAAAGGUUGUGUUUGCCACAAGAGUUUGCACUUGACCGCCAAUUUCCAUUACCUUCAUUUUCAGGCAACCCCCUCAGGUCUAGCAGUCCUUUUUGUUAUCCAUCUGACAACAGUACUGCAGGCAUACAGGGAGCCAGGCAUGUUCAAUUUGGAGUACCUUUAUUAAAUCUCCACCGUAGCGAAAAGUUGCAGUUAGGUGUGCUACAACCACCCGCUUCCCAACCAGUUGAUGCUGAUUCUGAAAUUCCUAUUGGCACAAGUAAGGUCCAAAAAGAGAGCAAUGAAAUUGUAUCUUGCUUGCUUACCAUGGGUACCUCUAGUGAGAUGGAGGAAGCUGAUAAUGUGAAGACACCUCGGUUUUUACUCUUUGGCCAACCAAUUCUCACUGAGCAGCAAAUGUCAAGUGUCCUCUCUACUCAUGCUCCUCCACAAGUCCAAGCAGAAAGAGACUCCGAUUGGGCACAAUUGAAAACUGAAAGAAUUUCUCAAGGCUGGAAAUGCCUUUCAGAAAGUCUAUCAAGCACUACAUUUCUUUGGAAUAAAGGUUAUCACGCAGCUGAACUUGGCACGAGUACUGAUCACUGCAAAGUAUUCCUAGAUUCAGAGGAUGUAGGACGUACUCUUGAUCUCUCAGUUCUAGGAUCAUAUGCAGAGCUGUAUAAAAGACUCUCAGACAUGUUUGAGAUGGAAAGUUUAGAUAUGGUGACCCAUGUGCUCUAUCUAGAUGCAACAGGUGCAUCUAAACAAAUUGGAGAUGAACCAUUCAGUGACUUCAUCAAGACUGCAAAAAGACUGACAAUUUUGAAGAAAUCUGGCAACAAUGCUACAAGGAAAUGGCUCACUGACCUGCCAAUCCUCAAUGUUGUCUAGAUUCUUCAAACCAGGCAGGAUGGAUCCUUUAGCAUUUUCGAAUUAAAUUAUCGUUUCUUGUCUACGUAAUGAAUAAGUAUCUGCCUCUGAGUUCCUAAGAAAUCAUAGACUGCUUUAUGUAAUUUGAAAGGGCACUAGUAGUAGAACUUGGAUCUGUUUUGAGGAUGUUUCAGUUUUCUUUAUGUUGGAAAUAAUGUAGUGAUCGUUCUGUUUACCAUAUUUUGCUAAGAUGUAACCACAUGUU